ACCACAGAACACUCAAGGGAUUUGAACGUCAGUGGAACACUGAUAGCUUUAAGAAAGAAAGAAUUCCUGAAAUUGCUGAAAAAUGUCAAAGGUAUACAAAAAAACCUCUGGGAAUGGCGCACUUACCCUUUACCUGGGAAAGAGAGACUACGUCGACCAUGUUCAGAAUGUGGACUCCAUCGAGGGAGUGGUGAAAAUUGAUCCUGCAGACCUUGGAGGCAAGAAAGAGACACUGCCCGUCUGAUCGUCCGUAAGAUCCAGUUUGCCCCAGAUGCAACUGGUGCUCCUGGUCCCAAGGCUGACAUCUGCAAGAGCUUCAUGAUGUCUGACAAGCCUGUCCACCUGGAGGCCUCUCUGGAUAAGGAGAUCUAUUACCAUGGAGAUCCGAUCAAUGUCAACGUCAAAGUCAAGAAUGAAACCACCAAAACAGUGACAAAAAUUAAAGUCACCGUUGACCAGACUACAGAUGUGGUGCUCUACUCUGCGGACAAAUACACCAAAACCGUACUUUGUCAAGAGUUUGGAGAGACAAUAGAUGCCAAUAGCACAUUUGAUAAAUCCCUCACCAUCACCCCCCUACUGGCCGACAACAAGGAGAAGCGCGGUCUGGCGCUGGACGGCAGACUUAAAGAUGAGGACACAAACCUAGCCUCCAACACUAUUAUGAGGGACGGUAUGGAUAAAGAAGUGUUGGGAAUCUUGGUCUCCUACAAAAURAAGGUCAACUUGAUGGUGUCUUCAGGAGGCUUGUUGGGAGGUCUCACAGCCAGUGACGUACAGGUGGAGCUCCCCUUGAUCCUCAUGAACCCCAAACCCCAAGAUGUAGGUCUCCCGGUGGGAGAGUGAAGAACGCAUGUUACCCUUGAGGCUGAGUACAUUCCCCCAGCAGAAGAAAGACYAGGAAUGAGGGACUGCAAAGUUCAAUGGAGCAAAGCUGUUGAUGGCUGUCCAGAUUGAAAGGCUGAUGACCAAAGCAAAGYAGAAACUGGAAUACCUCAUAGGAAGAACAAUCAAUAAAAAAUGUUAACAGCUUUAUAUGAUGUUGAUUUCUCUCACUAUUACAGGCAUUUUAGUGUUGUAUUUMAGUGGUUUUGUCAGUGUAGUACCUGUACUGUAGUACCUGUACUGUAAUGUAUGUAGAUAUCCAGCCAUGCGUAUGAGUCAUAUCAUUUCACACGUAGCUUAAUUAACCAUUCACUCUGUACUUCUCACAUAAAACCAAGGGGGGUUAAUGAACACAUUCAGUAUAAAGGGGUUUAUUGGUUUGCGGAUAAAACUCUCCCCUAAACUACUCCAUCAAACGGAGUUCGGUAGUACUCAGUUCAUCAUAUUCAAAGAAUUGUGUUUUUCUGUGGUAUGUAUGUAUGUUUUGGACCAAAUAAAAACAACUCAUAUACUUCUAA